AUGGCAGGACAAAGUGGCAACGAUACCGACCAGGCGAUGACAGAAAAGAAGACACUCGACGCUACCGUCAAGGCGAAGAUAAAAGAAUAUACGAACACGUACGAUUCACGUCUGUUAAGAGCGUUUAAACAAGACUUCAAUAAGUGGACUUUGAAUAACUUCAAUACCGUGUCCGUCACCGAACUCGGGAAACUAGUUGAUUUACUUCAAACCAACGGUGACGAUGAAGCUGAAAAACUCUAUACUCUACUCUCUACAGAAAAAUAUCGCCCAUGGACUAAGGAGGAAGUCAUUCGCCACCUCAGACAAGGCAAUACAAUUGAGUCGAAGGUGCUCAAUAAUCAAUUCGAAAUAGUGAUCAAUACAUAUAAUCAACCCUCAAACUACGGCACUAAUGAGGUACAAAACCAAACUGGAGAGGGACCCCUCACAAGAUCUUGA